UUCUUUUUUUUUUGAAAUAAAUAAAGAUAGACAUACAUAUUCGAAUAUCUCAAAGUCAAUAGUGAAUAAGUGAAUAAGUCGAUAGUGAAUAAGUGAAUAAGUCGAUAGUGAAUAAGUCGAUUAUCGACUUGUCGACACUACUACAAUACACGAAUGUGUAUGUACAUUCAUGCCUUCAUGCACGAACUACGAAGAUAGCUGCUGAAUAACUGAACGGCCAACUGCCGUAUGCGAGAUUAUCGGCAAUCACAUCAAUUUCUUUUAACUUUCUAACCAACGCUGAUAAAAUAUGCCGGAAAACGUGCUAAACGGUGAUCAUAUUGAUGUGAAAGGUGCCAAUUGUGAGCCACCUCAAGAAAACGAUGAAGAAAAUACCGAAAAUGAUGUCCAUUUUGAACCAAUAAUUUCAUUACCCUUGAUAGAAGUAUCAAACAAUGAAGAAGACGAAACAGAGAUGUUAAAACUACGGGCAAAGUUGUAUCGUUACGACACGUCGAACAAUCCUGCGGAAUGGAAGGAACGUGGCACAGGAGAAGUCAAACUGCUUAGACACAAGACAAAAAAUACAGUUAGAGUAGUCAUGCGCAGAGACAAAACUCUCAAGAUCUGCGCAAAUCAUUUUAUCACUCCGUGGAUGGAAUUGAAGCCAAACUGUGGCAGUGAUAGAGCAUGGGUUUGGAGCGUACUUGCCGAUUAUGCUGAUGAACAACUCAAACCAGAAUUACUCGCGAUACGUUUUGCAAAUGCUGAAAACGCAUCAAUGUGGAAAGAAUCAUUUGAAAAAGCUAAGAAGAUUGUAGGAUCUGAAUGUGAAAUUUAUGCUGGCAAAAGUAAUUCAGAACAAAAGCACAUUGAAAGUGAUAGCGAAUCCAGCAGUGAUGUAAGUUAUAGCGAAAGUACUGAUAACGAAGACCCAUCGAAAUCAUUUAAACGGACUGAAGACUUUAACGCGAUUUCUCAGCAAAAGGAUACUGAGAAACAAACGACGGAAGAGAAAGUUGUAGUAACGAAUGAAGAAAAAAUAAUUGAUGAGAUUGCAAAAUUAAAAAUGAAGAACGAAAGUGAGAAGUAAUAAUUAUAUAUACAUAUAUGUAUAUGUGUGUGUGUGUGUUUAUAUAUAUAUAUAUAUAUAUAUAUAUAUAUACACAUAUAUACACAUAUGUAUAUACAUAUAUAUACACACAUAUACAUAUAUAUGUAUAUAGAGCACAGUUUAUUAUCAAAAGACACAUUCUGACAUUUAUGCGCUCAGACAUACAUUACAUGCCAUUGUUUCAUUACUGAGGAUUAAAUAUAUGUAGAUGCAUUUUUAGCAAUAACAUAGAAAGAUUUAUUAAAUUUCCAAGCGAUUAAAUUAUUUAUAUAAACAUAUUAUCUGUGAUUUUUUUUAACUGGGAUUAAAUUCAAAUGAAAUUGCAUUUGUACUGAAUGGAAUGUAUGUGAGGGAGGGAAUGUAUGGGUUGACUCUGUCGAGAAACGAAUAAAUACAACGAUUGUACGAACAAAAA